AUGUGUGUUGGGGAGGAAGCGGACCGCCGUCAGCCUCGCUAGAUGGCGAACGCCAGCGAGCUGGGAAGUAGCAGCAGCCCCCACCUGCCCAGCCCGGGAGGCCUCCUCAGCGCCUCUGGCCUCAAGCUGACCACCUUGGGCCUGAUCCUCUGCGUCAGCCUGGCUGGCAACGUACUCUUUGCUUGGCUCAUUCUGAAGGAUCGCCAUCUCCACCGGGCCCCCUACUACCUGCUCCUGGACCUCUGCCUGGCCGACGGGUUGCGCUCCUUGGCUUGCUUCCCCUUCGUCAUGCUCUCCGUGCACAGUGGGGCAGGCUCCUGGCCUCACGGUCCGCUCAGCUGCAAGGUGCUGGCUUUCCUGGCAGUGCUCUUCUGCUUCCAUGCUGCCUUUCUGCUCUUCUGUGUGGGCGUGACCCGCUACAUGGCCAUUGCACACCACCGCUUCUAUGCCAAGCGCAUGACAGGCUGGACCUGCCUGGCUGUGGUGUGUAUGGUGUGGACUCUCUCCAUGGCCAUGGCCUUCCCUCCGGUCUUCGACGUGGGCACCUACAAGUUCAUCCGGGAGGAGGAGCAAUGCAUCUUUGAGCACCGCUAUGUCAAGGCCAACGAUACCCUGGGGUUCAUGCUCAUGCUUGCCACUGUCAUUGCUGCCACCCACCUGGUCUAUGUCAAACUCCUGUUUUUCAUCCACAGCCAUCGCAAGAUGAAACCUGCUCAGUUGGUGCCAGCCAUCAGCCAGAACUGGACUUUCCAUGGCCCCGGGGCCACUGGUCAAGCAGCUGCGAACUGGACGGCUGGCUUUGGCCGGGGUCCGACCCCUCCUACCUUGGUGGGCAUCAGACAGAAUACCACCCAUAGCCAGAUCAAGAGGCUGCUGGUCCUGGAGGAGUUCAAAACGGAGAAGAGGAUCUGUAAGAUGUUCUACAUGAUCACUCUUCUGUUUCUGCUGCUCUGGUCCCCUUACAUCGUGGCGUGUUACUUGCGUGUCUUCAUCAAGGCCAGCGCCAUCCCCCAAGUCUAUCUGACCACCUCUGUCUGGAUGACCUUUGCUCAAGCAGGGGUCAACCCCAUCCUCUGCUUCAUUUUCAACAAAGAGCUCAGAGUCUGUUUCAGAGCUCAUUUUGUCUGCUGCCAAAGCAUACAGAACACCCAAGGCACUAUUCUGUGUGAUCUGAAGAAUUUUGGGAUGUAGUUUUAUUCAUUUCUUUUUUUCAAGAAAAAAAGAUACAUUCCUAUGUUUUUCUUUUGGUAUAUGCACUUGAAAGAUUGUUAUCUCAAGAAGACACUUUGACUGUUGUAUGGGACCCCCAUUGUUGGGUUCUAAGAGGAUAUUUAUUUACAUGUGGAUUUGGGGAGU